AUGCAUGCAGCCAGCGAGAAUAAACCUCUGCUCUCUCUGACAGAUAGCAGUGCGAGUGUGUUGGCACACAGGCAAGGCUUCAGCCAGGCGGAACAGGAGCUGUACCAGCUGCCUGUGGUUGUGUGGGAUGGAGGAGAGCCCCUCCUCAGCAGCACCAGCACGCUUACGCUCAGGGUGUGCCCGUGCCAGCGCGGGGCCAGGAUGCCAGUGUGCAGGGCUCAAGCCUUCCUGUCCUCGGCCGGUCUCAGCACUGGAGCCCUCAUUGCCAUCCUGCUGUGUGUGCUCAUCCUCUUGGCCAUCGUGGUUCUGUUUGUCACUCUGCGUAGCAAGAAGAGCAAAAAGGAGCCUCUAAUCAUAUCCGCAGAGGAUAUCAGAGAGAACGUAGUCACGUACGAUGACGAGGGAGGAGGCGAGGAAGACACAGAGGCCUUUGACAUAGCAGCACUGAGGAACCCUGCGGCAGCCGAGGAGAUGAGGAUGAGAAAGGACCUGCAGUCAGAGAUGUGGAGAGCAAUGGCCAACGAGGCUCUCAGUCCGGCUUUGAUUAUACCAGACCAGGACAUCCAUGAAGUGAUUAAGCUCAAGGUGGUUGAUGCCAACCGGGACACACGCGGCCCUCCAUAUGAUUCUCUUCAGACUUAUGCUUACGAGGGCCGCGGCUCCCCAUCGGGGUCCAUCAGCUCACUGGAUCUGCCAGAGCCUCAGUCAGAGCUGGACCUCAGUGAGGUAGACAACUGGGGCCCUGAGGUACAAAUACUGAGCACAGUAUUUCCAGAGAAAGGCCAGCAGCACAUCCCAUAAUGGCUGCGCACAGUCUGUAAAGCAGAAGUUGUGUGUCGUUUCCCUGAUGUCUGUUCAAAUGGACCACUUUUUUUCAUCCAG